CGGCGGGUAAGCUGGACGGAAACGGCGUUUCCGCAAUAAUUUGUUCAGAUCUUACAAGAAGGCUUGCCCAUUGCAAUCGCAGAAGUAUCGCAUGCGUCCACUCAGAUGCACGCUGCAGUCAGCACUCUCGACAGCCUCGCUCUGUCCGUUGCCAGACCGCUCUUCGACCGCCACACUACAGCCUGGCCUAUUGUUGAGUGUGGCAUUUACUCCAGGAUGUCCCCACAUUGCAGCACAUUCACUGUAUGCAUAGAAAAUUGAUCCCCGGGUUACUUUACCUGUCAGCUGUUAAUUCACUCUUUUGUGCGCUCCUCACCCGAGAACGUCAGCACUGCGACGCUGGAAAGCAAUCGCGUAGCACCCGCACCACCGUACAUGGCUCUAGUGCUGGGCACAGCUCAUAUUAAUAUUCAACGGUGAUUUCAAUCAUGGCGCCACUCAGCAACAUCAAUGGUGAAUUUCUGGCUAUGAGCAAGCGGUGGCCCGAGCCAGCUACAACCCGCACUUCACCACCCACGCGAGCCAGCAUGACUCUUGAAGGAGGAUUCCUAGAAGCAUGGGCACAGGGAUAUAAUGUGGGCAGUUUCAUAAUUCUCAUAUUAAUCGUCCUCUGCAACUACCGAUCUGGAAUCUUGCUCCAUAAACUCAUACUACUCGAGCUCCUCCUCGCGAUCUGGCACGGAACCUUUAUCUUCUUCGAGGACCCGCACUACGGAUGGUACUUAUCAUCAACCGCCACGCUCCUCUUCAUCUCCUACUUCCUGCACAAUGUCGUCGCCUGGCUCAAAAUCCGGCCCUUCCUCCCCCUCUGGGGUUCUCGCUUCUUCAUCAUCUCGCUCAUCUGCGUGCAACCCUUCUGGAUCGUCGAAGCCUGGUCCAACUUCGCCUACUUCAACCAACUCGCUACAGGAUCCAGAGUCAACCUCCGCACGCGGCCCUGGGAAGCCCUAGUCCGCGACCCUUGGUGGAUCUUUACAACCUGGAAACUGAUCAACGCCAUUAAAAAGACAUAUACAUUCAGCUUGUGGACACUGAUCAGAAUCAAUCGCCGCUUCAGCGUAAUGCUAGCCUGCAUGAUCCUCUCCAUCAUCUUCGUCCUCACCGACGCUGCCAUUAGCGCAGCGAAAUUAUCAGCCAGCAGCGGUAUAAAUCCCUACUGGCGCUUCGCCCUCGUUUUCAAAUGCGCCUCGGAUACUAUUUUCUUGGACGAUUUUAAAUCCAUGCUUGACGAUAUCAUCGCGCAAAAGUUCAAUUCCGCAGCAGAUACCACUGCACCGCGCCGCUCCAUGUCACGAACCGGUGGUGCCACGAAUAAGCGCUCGCGAUCCAUGUCGCGGGAGGAAGCUAUGGAAUCGAAUAUGCUAGAAAGAUUGCGUACGCCAUCGGUUAGUACGCGGAAUAGCCAGUCGAGAUCUUCGAGACCGAAACUCGGAUCGUUUUUUUCGUCGAGGUCAAACCGAAUGGAGAGAGAGAUGUCAUCGAACCAAAGGGCGAGAGAGACGCCGUUGAUUCAUUUGUAUCCGCCGGAAGCGAGCGAGGCUUCGUAUUCGAGACAUCCCAGCUAUGAUAGCCAGGGUCAUGUGGAAUUGACGAGACCGGUGCAUGCGCUGUAUCGGAAUCAUGAACUUAGGGCUACGGAGAGUGAUGGGAGUUUGCUUAUUGGGAGAUUGGUUUGAGGGGGAGGAUUGUACGAGAUAUGCCUGCUGGCAGGCUAUCGUAAUGAAGCCUUGGGAUACGGGAGUUUGAAAAGACGAAUUAUAGGGUUCUGUAUGUGUAUAAUCAGGAAGGGGGACAGGGAAAAAGGGGACUGUACGGCGGGUGCUAUGCAUUAUACCCCACGGCGCUUGUUGGAUUGGUUGUAUGAAUAGAGGGACUGGGUACGGAAUGUUUCGUAAGCUUUGUUAUUCGCUAGUCAACCAUAUUUAGUUUAUUGAACGUUAUUUACGU